AUGGUUGUUAGGAAGAGACUUCGUCGCGGAAGUGAUUCCAUCUUCUCCGACUCUGAUUGCUCCGGAUUCCGACACAGCCCCCAACCUCUGCCUUCGUCUCCUCUCGCGAGUAAGCGCGACGACGGCGUUUCCGGUACGGAGUCGAUGCUCAGGAGAAGAAAGCAGCCGAAGAAGACGGCGAAGCCAUUGGUAUCUUCCUCUGGUUCGAAGAUGAUCUGGAGUAAAUACGACGAACUCGUUAUUCUUGGGAGUAUUGUAGACUAUGAAAACGAAACCAAAUUGAGCUACAGAUCUGACCGGGAUGGUUUCUACGGAUACAUCAAAGAUUUCAUAGAAGCAGACUUCUCUAAACAGCAGCUCAUGGAUAAGAUCAGGAACUUGAACAAGAGAUUUACAAUUAACCAGGCGAGAUCUAACGAUGGGAAAGACGAACUUUCCUUUACUGAUACUGACGACGACGAAAUCUUCAAAUUGUCAAUGAUCAUAUGGGGCACGAAUGAAACAGAGCGUGCUUCUAAUGAGGAUAUCGACCAAGCCAAGGAUGUUCCUUAUGAAAGGGUUGAUGAGAAUAUAGACAAAGCAAAGGUUCUUGUUCCGAAUGAGGAUGUGCCUUGUGUGGAGCAUGAACGGGUUGAUGAGAAUAUGGACAAAGAAAAUAGAGACCAUGAUCUGAAUAAGGACGUGCCUUGUGUGGAGCAUGAACGGGUUGAUGAUAACAUCGACCAAGCCAAGGUUCUUGAUUCGAAUAAGGAUGUGCCUUGUGUGGAGCAUGAGAGGGUUAGUGAGGAUAUUGACCAAGAAAAGGACGUCCGUUACGCGGAGCCUGAACGAGUUAAUGAGAAUAUGGAUCAAGAAAAUGUAGCGAGUGCCUGUUCUGAUGUGCCUUACGCGGAGCAUGAACGCGUUAAUGAGAACAUCGACCAAGAACAUGCAGAUGUGCCUGACGCGGAGCAUGAGCCCGUGAGUAACAUAACUAUGGAGACUGAUAAAGGUGAGAAAGAGAAGAGUGAGGAGGAGUUAUAUGCUCUGCAGGAUGCACUUGAGGCUACGACAUUGUUCCAAAGUUUAGGUAGAUAUCAACAGAAGUAUCUGCUUGGGAAGUUGAAAAAGCUUGGAGCUCAAAGAAGAAGAGAGCUUACUGAUGAAUGGAAGGCAUUGCUUGCCGAGGAACUGAGUUUGUAUUCCAAGAAACUGACUUUAUCCGCAAAGCUUGCAGAGGCAGGAGUUUCUUCCUGA